AUGUUGAGCUUGGUUUCAGCCUUGGCAAAGGUUGUGGAUCCCUUAGCGCCACGGCCUGAAGGUGCUGUAAUCAAACCUGCACGAGGGGAUCAUGCCACCAUCUCCCAUUCAUUGCCUCGUUCAUUAGAUUCCGCGUUACACAGGUUUGGUACCUCUCAGGCGAAAACAGUGGCUGCAAUGGUUCUUGACCAUACUGGAAAACCCGCUUAUUCAUUAACUUUUGGUAAAUUGCUGAGUCGAGCAACGAAAGUUGCAUAUAUGCUUCUGACAAAGCUUGUCAGUGGAAAUGUUGGGAAAGAAAAAGUACAUCUUUGCAAAUGUGGUGAUCGAGUUGCUUUAGUUUAUCCUAAUACUGAACCGUUGUCGUUUCUAGUGGCAUUUUACGGUUGCUUAUUAGCAGGUGUCGUGCCAGUUCCCGUAGAGGUCCCCCUUAGCAAACGGGAUGCAGGAAUUCAACAGCUAGGUUUCCUCUUAGGAGGAUGUGGCGUUAAAGUAGCCUUAACUUCUGAGACAUGUUAUAAAGGACUUCCUAAAAGGACGGCAUCUGGCCAUCCUGUGGCAAAUGGAGCUUCAAGCGGGAAUGGAGAUAUAGUUGAUUUUAAAGGCUGGCCAAGGCUUGUGUGGCUUAUUACGGAACACUUGAGUAAACCGAGCAGGGACUGGACUCUACCUCCUCGUUUAGCAGACGGGUCUCUCGCGUAUAUCGAAUAUACUACUGACAAGGAAGGAAGUGUUAAGGGUGUUUGCUAUAAGCGACAGUCAGUACUGGCUCACUGCAGGUCCAUAAUAACUGCGAUGGGGUAUAAAGAAGGUGAAACGAUGGUCUCCGUACUUGAUUUCAAACGUGAAGCUGGUCUUUGGCACUCCGUCUUAGCCAGCAUUUUUGUUGGUUUGCGCGUCAUAUUUGUUCCCUAUUCGUUAAUGAAAAUUAAUCCUACAUCAUGGAUGCUCAUGGUUACGAGGUAUCAAGCAACCAGCGCACUUGUUAAAUCGCGAGACUUACAUUGGGGUUUGCUCGCUACUAGAGAUCACAAGGAUAUUGAUUUAACGUCUUUACGAUCUGUCCUCGUUGUUGACGGUGCAAAUCCAUGGUCUUUAUCAUCCUGUGAUCAAUUUGCCGCUGCUUUUCAGCCCAGAGGGCUAAGGCCAGACGCCCUCUGUCCCUGCGCAUUUUCUUCUGAAACUGGUUCUAUUUCGUUUUCCAACGAUGGUGUUAACAGUUCUGCUAGAGGUGUUUUGUCGAUGUCGGCGCUUAGUCAUUCUGUCGUUCUGAUUCCUGCAGCUGUUGCUAUUGUUGUGAAAGUCACUGGUCCACCAAAACUUUGUAGAGCUGAUGAAGUUGGUGAAAUAUGUUUAUACGCUAACAGUACCGGUUUCGCUUAUUGGGGUUUAGAUGGUUUGUCCGCAAGUACUUUUAAGGUAGAACCUCUCGGUGCUGAUGACAAACCUCUGGGCAAUUUGCCGUAUGUACGCAGCGGUCUGCUAGGGUUUCUCGGUCCAAAUGGCUUAGUAUUUGUUGUUGGAAGUCGUGCUUCUCAAAUGCUUGUUUCUGGUCGUCAGCACAGUGCUGAUGAUAUUAUUGCCACUGUUUUAGCUGUCGAGCCAAUGAAGUUUAUUUAUCGAGGUAGGAUAUCUGUAUUUUCUGUAAAUGUUUUACGUGAUGAACGAAUAUGUAUCAUAGCAGAGCAGAAACCAAAUGUGGCUGAAGAAGACUCAUUUGAUUGGAUGAGCAGGGUUCUUCAAGCAAUUGACAGCAUUCAUCAAGUUGGGAUAUACUGUUUAGCAUUAGUGCCCCCCAAUCAGCUGCCAAAAACUCCUCUUGGUGGGAUCCAUGUAUCUGAAACCCGACAAAGGUUUUUGGAAGGUUGCCUGCACCCUGUAACGCUACUCAUGUGUCCCCACAGUUGUGUAAUAAAUCUUCCAAAACCAAGAGAGCAACAGUCCGAUAUUGGGCCAGCAGCAGUUUUUGUUGGGAAUAUUGUUCAGGGUGUUCGCAUUGCAGGCGCCAAAGGUCGAGACAUCGGUCCUGAUGAAGAAAAGCCUGUGUCACUUAUCGACGUUUUGCGACAGAGAGCUCAAAAUUCACCUGACCACUCCUUAUUCACUCAAAUAAAUGUUCGCGGUACGGAAGUAGACAGCAUAACAUGUACUCAGUUGUUAAGGAAAGCAGAGCGUAUUGGUGCCCUUCUGGUUGACAAAGGUCGUAUGAAUCCUGGAGAGCAUGUAGCUCUUAUUUUCCCGCCAGGAAUCGAUUUGAUUGCAGCUUUUUAUGGAUGUCAAGCUGCAGGUAUGAUACCCGUUUGUAUCCGUCCUCCUCAUCCUCAAAAUUUGCAAACGACUUUACCAACAGUUCGUAUGAUAGUAGAUGUGUCGAGAGCCGUAGUUCUUCUUUCAACGUCUUCUGUUAUAAAACUGCUGAAGUGUAAAGAGGCUUCAAUCAGAGCAUGGCCGACUAUUCUUGACGUUGACGACGUUCCAUCGUUGGGAAGAAAAAAAUACAGUCAAAAUAGUAUGGAAAGGAAGUCAACGGAUGUCUGCUAUUUGGAUUUUUCUGUGAGCACCACUGGUCAGUUAGCUGGAAUUAAAGUUAGUGUCAGUGGAGCUGCGUCGCUGUGUAAAAGUUUGAAACUUGCGUGUGAACUGUAUCCGUCUCGUCAUAUUACACUUUGUCUUGAUCCUUAUUGUGGCUUGGGGUUCGCUCUUUGGUGUCUUUCAGGAGUCUAUUCUGGGCACCAUUCUUUUUUGAUUCCCCCAUCAGAGGUUGAGCAGAAUCCUGCGCUAUGGCUUACUGCUGUUUCACAGCAAAAAGUGCGAGAUACUUUUUGUUCUUAUGGAGUGAUGGAGCUUUGUGUCAGAGAACUAGCGCCUCAAAUUUCGUUACUUCGUGAGAAAGGAGUUUCACUUUCUUGUUUGCGAACGUGUGUCGUUGUUGCCGAAGAACGACCACGAGUCCCAUUGUGCACUGCGUUCACGAAGCUAUUCGCUCCCCUGGGAUUGAAUGCUCGGGCGGUUUCAACUUCCUUCGGUUGUCGGGUUAACAUGGCUAUAUGUAUGCAAGGUGCUGCAAGUCCUGACCCGGCUACAGUGUAUGUCGAUGCACGGGCUUUGCGUAAUGAUCGGGUGACAUUGGUUGAAAAGGGUUCACCACAUAGCAUUGCUCUAAUGGAAAGCGGAAAGCUGCUUCCCGGCGUUAAAGUGGUUAUAGCGAAUCCUGAAACCAAAGGCCAGUGCGCAGAUUCUCAUCUCGGUGAAAUCUGGGUCGCAAGCAGUCAUAAUGCGACAGGGUAUUUCACUGUUCACGGAGAAGAAAAUUCGUCACACACUGAUCAUUUUAAUGCUAGGUUGACCACAGGAGACACAAAGACGGUUUUUGCACGUACAGGUUAUCUGGGAUUUUUGCGACAGACUCAAGCUAUAACUGCAGAUGGAGAUCUUCAUGAUGCUGUUUUUGUUGUCGGCGCUCUCGAUGAAGCACUGCUUCUGCGUGGCAUGCGGUACCAUCCUGUGGAUGUUGAAGCUACAGUAAUAAGGGCUCACAGGAUGAUUUUAGAAUGCGCGGUGUUCACAUGGACUCAUUUAUUAGUGGUUGUUGCGGAAACGGAGGCCCCAGAAGCUGAAGCUUUAGAUCUCGUUCCUGCGAUAACAUCCGCAGUGCUUGAAGAACAGCACCUGAUCGUUGGCGUUGUAGUAAUUACUGAUCCUGGCGCUGUUCCCAUCAACAGCAGGGGCGAGAAGCAGAGAAUGUAUUUAAGGGAUGCGUUUUUGCACGAUCAACUGGACCCAGUUUACGUAGCCUAUAACAUGUGA